AAAAGUGGGCGUUGUAGCAAGUAUCGCCUGUUUCUUUCAUAAGUAACUGUUGAAAACUGGACGAGUCAGUCUGCCACUGCACUCCGUCGCCUGCACUUCGUCUGCAAAUCUAGCACGGUCUCCUGUCCUGAAAUGCGCACCAUGAGCUGGACCCUGCUGCUCCUGGCGGUUCUCGCCUGUACUGCAGCUGAAGACAUCGGCGACACCGAUGUGAACAACGCUGAUGCAAUGGAAGAUGCGUCAUCCGGAAAACUGUCGCUUCUGGAGAGGCUGACUGAGAUGGUCGACGACAUUGACGAAAUGAGUGAGAAAUACCGCCGUGGAUACAAGGGAUACCACCCUUCGUUUAGAGGAGUGCUAAGGGGCACCAAGUAUCUGGUCUUCAAGUAUGAGCGGAACUACGACACGGCCAAGGAAGUCUGUCACGGCUUCGGCGGGAUCCUGGCCGACCUGAAGACCGAGGCCGUGCACAACUUCGUGGAGGGGCUGGUCCGCAAGGCCGACCCGAAGAAGAGUUACUGGAUCGGACUGAACGACAUGGCGACCGAAGAUGCGUUUGUGUGGUCUGACGGCACUCCCGUGAACACCUGCGGCUACACCAACUGGGCUCCCGGGCAGCCGGACAACUUCUUCUGGAGCCAGGACUGCGGAAGGCUCUGGGAUUUCGCCAACUUCAAGUGGGACGACGAGAACUGUGCUAGCAAGCACCACUUCGUCUGCCAGAUCGGUCCCGGACCCCGAUGCGGAGGGAUGGACGGGUGAACGGAUUGCGCCGACCGGUUGUAUGCUGUCUGAUGCCAGCUGAUUUUAACGACUAAGUAAUGAUAAUGGGUCGAUAGUUUAGAGAAAUCUGGGGAGUAGCUAUACGGUGUGGUAAACUGACAAUAACCUUAAUGCUAAAUACUACAUAUACUCUAAUGCGUAAAUAACAAUUCAUUUGAAUUAGUGCCCAUCAAUUUAACACAGUGCUGCUAUCUAUAACAUCUUACACCUUUUGGCAAUUCUUUUUUUAUACAGAAAACACCUAAUUUUUCUAAGAUAAAUGGUUUGACAACAGAUAGAAUGUUUUACUGGUAUGUAGCGAAACUACUUUAGGGCGAACUAACGCAAAUUUAGACUUUCGCCUUUGAUGGAGAGAUGAAAUUGAUCAUUUGUUAGAGGUCUUUCUGUACUGCUUUUUUUUACAUACGAGUAUGGUGACAAAUUAAAGUGGGUGAAAAGCAAAA